AUGAACUACACCAAAACCCAACACACCAAGCCCUACGGCGCCAUCUCCCCGUCCCUCCCCCACCUCUCCACCGCAUCCAAAUCCAUCCUCAUCGUCGGCGGCUCCGCGGGCAUCGGCAAAGCCGCCGCGCGCGCGUUCCUCGAAUCCGGAUCCCGGCGGCUCGCGCUGACCGGCCGUCGCAGCGCCGUGCUAUCCGCCACCGCCGCAGAGCUCACGGCCCAGUACCCCGACGCCACGGUCCUGACGUAUGCCACGGACGUCGUGGACGAGGCAGGCAUGGACGCCGCGUUCGCCGCGGCCAAGGCCGAGUUCGGCAGCGCCCUGGACGUCGUCGUCAACGCUGCGUUCGCGCAGCCCCCCCUGCAGCCCCUGGCCGCGACGGACCUGGCUGCCUGGUGGACGGGCUUCGAGACGAAUGUCAGGGGCGCGGCGGUCGUGGCGAGGGGGGUGGCUGCACAUGGUGCUGGAAGUGCGGUGCUCGUGUACUUGGGCACGGCGGGCGCGCUGUUCCCGGCGAAUGGCGCGCUGCCGAUGUCGGGGUAUGCGGCGAGUAAGCUGGCGGGGACUAAGGUCAUGGAGUACUUCGGGGCGGAGAAUCCGGGGCUGAGGGUCGUUAGUGUGCAUCCGGGGGUGGUGACGGAGACGGAGGGGGGGAAGAAGAUGGUGGAGGAGUCGGGGUUGGAGUGGCAGGGGGAUGAUAUUAAUCUACCGGCUCAUUUCCUCGUCUGGGUCGUGAGCGAGGAGGCUGCGUUUUUGAAGAAUAAGUUUGUUUUUGCUGCGUGGGAUGUUGAUGAGUUGAAGGCGAGGAAGGAUGAGAUUUCGCAGUCGCCGGAGUUGAUUCUUGGUCUGAAUGGGUUUCCUCGUAGUGUGUGA